AUCCAAGCCUCCACGUCAUUUAAUAUCUUUCCCAAGAGACUUCCUUCUCCGUUCCCAACCCCAACGACACCUUUAUAGGGAAAAAAAAACAAAAAAACAAAAGAAGCCCAACGCAACGAACCCUCCUCCCCCUUCAAUUGCAGCCAUUUGUUGUCCCAAUUCCCAAAUCUGCCGCCGGGAGACAAUUUCCAAAUCAAACCUCCUCCAUCUUCCCCUUGCCACUUUAUUCACGAACGAUUAUCAUUUCCUGCAUAAGCUCUUAGCCGGUUCCGUUAUCGCAAAUACCAUUCCACUACCGCCGCAGGCUUUCCAACCCCACUCCUUUCUCUGUAUUUCUCCCUAUUUUCGGACUUGAUCCCAGCGACUAGACUCCGCAGCCGACUUUAUAUCUCAUUAUUUUUUAUCCCGUCGACGUUGUAUUCCUGAAGUCGACGUUUCCCCUUGUGCGCGGGCGGGACAACAACAUCCUAAAUAGGGGAAGCUGUUGUUGCGGCUUCAAUUCCCAGGUGUGUUAUCCUCCAUUCCAUUGAUAUCAAAGGAUUCCUUCGUGCUAACCUAGAAAUCGCAGGUCGAAGAACAGAAACAAGAUUGCACUUGAAAUCAACCAAGAAGAAGAAGAAGUAAAAAGGGCGCGCGCCACAGGGACUACAAACCCGGCAUCCUCAAAGUUCUUAUUUUCCCCUACUCUCCAGUCUCCCGUGCUUCGGACCUGCCGCUUCUCUCUUCCUUCUACCAAUUCUGCUCAGCAACUCAAGUUCUUUAUUUCUAGCUCCAUGGCCAAAAGAGAAAGGGAAGUUGUUCAUACAAAAGCAGAGCCUAGCAGGAAACCAAGGAUUCUGCUUGCUGCUAGUGGGAGUGUGGCUGCCAUCAAGUUUGCAAACCUCUGCCACUGUUUCUCUGAAUGGGCUGAAGUAAAAGCGGUCGCUACCAAAGCUUCUCUGCAUUUCAUUGAUAAAGCAGCGCUUCCUAAGGAUGUGGUUCUAUACACAGACGAGGAUGAAUGGUCUACUUGGAGCAAGAUUGGGGAUAACGUGCUGCAUAUUGAACUCCGUCGAUGGGCUGAUGUCAUGAUUAUUGCCCCAUUAUCAGCUAAUACCCUCGGGAAGAUCGCGGGGGGAUUGUGCGAUAACCUGCUGACUUGUGUUGUCCGAGCAUGGGACUACGAGAAGCCACUUUUUGUGGCACCUGCCAUGAACACAUUCAUGUGGACCAACCCUUUCACAGAAAGACAUCUCAUGGGAAUCGAUGAAAUCGGGAUUACCCUAAUCCCACCUGUUUCAAAGAGGUUGGCUUGUGGAGAUUAUGGUAAUGGUGCAAUGGCUGAUCCAUCGGUGAUCUACUCAACUUUGCGGCUGUUCUUAGAGUCACGGAAUCAACAAGGAGAUCGAAAAACCAGCUAAAAACUCUACUAAUUCCAGAAUUCUAUCGCAACUCUCGAUCUGUCUUCUCGUGUGCUUAGUGUAUGUAGCAUUGACUGAGAUACACUGAUUGGAUAGAAGCAUCAAUCUGAGAUUCAUUGGAACGGGUGAACCUGCUUUGCUGUUAUAAUUUGAUUGUAUCGUAGGAUUAAUAAUUUAAAAAAUGUACUGUAGCAGGCAAGUUAACCGUCUAGUUUUGAGACAGAAAUGAGUACAGUGUAGUCAGUGCUCUCUGGUUUUGUAGUCACGUAUUGCUGCGCGAGUAAUUUAGGCC